AUGGCUCGAACUCCAGAAUUGCACACCCUUAACUUUGCUUCCAAGUUCAAUCAGGUUGAAGAUGCUGGCCAAACCCCGAUCUCAAACGAGGAUGCUCCUCAAGGUGGUAGCCAAACCAAGAUCACGCCAGAGGUUGCAGGUGACAAUAUUAGCCAAACUGAGAUCUUAAACCAGAAGGCGGCUGAAGAAGUUACUGGGAGUGACAUCAGACACAUGGAUGCUAGUUUUUACAAGGCUGCCGCAGAAGGCAAUAUGAAAAUACUAACGGAUAUGUCCCAAGAAGAUAUGCUAGAUAAAUUAACCCAAAAGGAGAACACAAUCCUCCACGUUGCAGCCCAAUUUGGUCAACUCCACUAUGUUAAUGAGAUAUUCCUUCGGUGUGGUUUCUUGUCAUCUCCACUGCUGCAGCCUAAUCUGAAAGGGGACACUCCUCUUCACCUUUCAGCAAGGGAAGGCCACUGGGUGGUCACACUAGUUCUUAUUGAAGCCGAAAAAAAAAAUAGCAGUGGAAGUGGGAUUGGAGCAGUAAAGACGAUGCUAACGAUGACAAAUAAUGAGCAGAAUACAGCCUUGCACGAGGCAGUGCGAUAUAAUCACCCUGAUGUGGUGAAGUCAUUGAUCCUGGAAGAUCCAGAUUUCAGCUAUAGUGCUAACUCUUCUGGCGGAACCCCUCUUUAUAUGGCUGCCGAGAGAGGAUUCCAUGAGUUGGUACAGAUAAUCAUAGACAACACUACUCGCGAUUCACUAGCUUAUAGUGGCCUCAUGGGUAGGACAGCUCUGCAUACUGCCGUAAUUUGCAAUAAUAAAGAUAUGACUAAGAAAAUACUGGGGUCGAAGAAAGGUCUAGCCAAAAAAGUUGAUGAUAAUGGAUGGUCUCCACUACAUUGUGCUGCAUAUUUGGGUUAUACUUCAAUAGCAAGACAAUUGCUUGUCUCGCUAGAUAAAUCUGACGAGUACAUAGUCUAUCUUCCUGUCAAAAAUGAUCACAACAAGACAACUCUUCUCAUUGCAGCUAGUCGUGGCCAUACGGAAAUAGUGAAGUUGCUAGUAUCACAGUAUCCAGAUUGUUGUGAGCAAGUAGAUGAUAAUGGCAAUAAUGCUUUUCACUUAAUCAUGAUAGAAAGCGGAAUUUAUGGUGGUUCUGGAUUGUUAAAUUUCCCCUGGAUGAGUUUCAGAGGACUUAUGAAUGAAAAAAAUGUUGAAGGAAAAACGCCUCUCCAUCUGCUUGCAGAUAACCAGAUGUUUGGUUGUAGAAGUUUCAUCAUGCACAAAAUGGUGGAUAAGAUGGUACUUGACAAUAACAACUCAACACCUACGGACAUAGUAUUAUCAGUUGAGGACCUCUAUGGAAAAAAGGUAAAAACAACUGCAUGCCUGCCAAGAAUACGUAAUUUUCUGAGCAUCAAUGGCUUCCUUUAUUUUAUUUGAUAUUUUUAAAUGUUGCCAAAUUAAGGUAAAUUUGGCUUUGACAAUUAUCCACUUGGGAGAAUUUAGUUUGACGUUAAGUCUAAACAACAGUGAACAAUAAGACUCUUUUGAAGCCAAGCUAUUUCAAGAUUAAG